UAGCACAUCCCUUUUUCUUUUCUCCAUCACACGACUUUUGUUGCAACUCCCCGAUCUACAUCGAUAAUCUAUUCCUAUAAAUUCGGGAAUUUAGUAGCUAAACAUCAUCACCACCAAAGCAUAGCAAAGAAAAUUGUGUGUAAUAAUAAUGGAUACCCACUAUCACCUCAGUAUUGCUCACUAUUUCCUUCUUUUUCUUUUAGCAUCUUCCUACAUGCAGAGUACUACUAAACUCUGUUUUUAGCCCGUGAUGAACUAUCAAGCAGUGUGAAAAAAAAUUUAUGCAUCGACGAAGAAAGACAAGCGCUUCUCAUCUUUAAACAACAUCUUGUAGAUCAUUCUGGCAGGCUUUCCUCUUGGGUGGGUCACGAUUGCUGUCGAUGGGUAGGAAUUUCAUGCAACAACCUCACCAGUCAUGUCGUGAAGAUGGACCUCCGGAAUCCAUAUCCUCCGUUGAUAGACGUCCGGAAUCCAGAUCCUGUGUUUCCCAUUAAUGAAGAGUGGACCAAGUCGGCUUAUGUAAAGUCUAGCUUGGGAGGUAAGAUAAAUGCUUCUCUGUUGAGCUUGAAACAUUUAAAUUACCUGGAUCUAAGCUAUAACUAUUUUGAUAGCAAUCAAAUUCCGAAGUUCUUUGGGGAGCUUAAAAGUUUGCAAUAUCUCAAUCUCUCACACGCAUCAUUUGGAGGAGAGAUUCCCCUUUCUCUUGGUAACCUGUCAAGCCUAAAUUUUCUUGAUCUCUCGUCAAAUUUUGACUUAUCUUCUAGAAGUUUGAAUUGGCUUUCUCGCCUCUCUUCCAUGAAAUACCUUGAUCUCGGAGGCAUUAACCUUAGCGGCACAGGAGUCAAUUGGGUGUAUGAUGUUAAUAUGCUUCCUUCAUUAUCAGAGUUACGCUUACCUUUGUGCUUCCAAAUUGAAAGCAGUCCAGUACUCUCACUACAGAGCAUUAAUCUGACAUCACUUUUGAUCCUUGAUUUGUCAGAUAAUAUGUUUACUUCUGCAUUUCCCAGCUGGCUUUUUAAUCUUACUAGCCUCAUAACACUUGAUAUAUCCAUCAAUAAUUUCAACGGUCCUUUUCCAAGUGAAUUUGCAAACUUCAAAUAUCUAGAACACCUUGAUUUAUCUGAAACAGGCUUAAAAGGUCGAAUUCCUAAAGUCAUUGGAAAUUUAUGCAAGCUAAAGUUCUUAAGUCUUUCCGACAACAAGUUUGAUGGGGGGAUUGAAGAGUUUUGGAGGAGUUUCUCAAAUUGUCCAAAUAAUUCACUAGAGUCACUAGAUUUGUCAAAUUGUGAGCUGAAAAGCCAACUGCCAGACUCUUUAGGUGUAUUAAAAUGUUUGCAGAGUCUCAAUCUCAUGGGUAAUAAUUUGUGGGGCUCAAUUCCAGAUUUCAUGGGAAACUUUUCAUCCUUGAAAAUAUUGGACCUCUCUGAUAAUAAUAUGACGGGCUCCAUUCCACAAAGUCUGGGACAACUUUCUCAACUAGUUUCCCUACAUCUGGCUGGUAAUUCAUGGGAAGGCAACCUAACGGAAGCCCAUUUCAUAAAUCUUACCCGAUUACAAGACUUUCAAUUAGGAUGUCAAGUAGGAAACAUAGACCGCCCCAUGUCCCUCAUUUUCGACGUGGCUUAUGAUUGGGUUCCUCCUUUUCAACUCCACAGAAUUGUGAUCACAAACUGUUGGGUAGGUCAUGGUUUUUGGAUCUGGCUUCAAUCUCAAACUGAACUAGUUGAUAUCUUCCUAAAUGGUAAUGGAAUCUCAGAUUCCAUACCAAAGGAAUGGUUGUUGAUGAUAUCAUCCCAACUCAUCUUUCUGGACUUGUCUAACAACCAAUUUCAUGGAAACCUUCCCUCACAUUUGAAAUUUCCAAGUCUAAAAUAUAUUGAUUUGAGUAGAAAUCAGUUAGAGGGCCUAAUUCCACAUUGGUGGUCCACUACUAUCUCCGUCUUUAAUCUUGGAAGCAAUCUAUUUUCUGGGUCAAUUCCCUCCAAUAUUGGCCUGAUGAUGCCCAAUUUGGGCACUUUAACUCUUUAUGAGAAUAAUUUGAGCGGCACUAUUCCUCCAUCUGUUUGGAACAUGCAACAAUUGUUAGUCUUGUCUCUAAGGAGAAAUCAAUUUUCUGGAGAAUUGCCUUGUGCAUUGAGUGUGGAGAGCAAACUGGUGUUUCUAGAUGUUGGUCUAAACAAUCUUUCUGGUAAUAUUCCCUCUUCAUUGGGGGUAUUAAGUUCACUGAAAUUAUUAAAGCUCAACAACAACAAUAUUGGAGGUGAAAUUCCUGAUUCCUUGCAAAAUUGUUCUAGUUUGAUGAGUAUUGAUCUUGGAGACAACAAGUUAUCCGGUAACAUACCUCUAUGGAUAGGAGGAUCGCAUGUACCCAUGUUGUCUAGGCUACUUUUACGGUCCAACUAUUUUAGUGGACAUAUUUCUCAGCAGUUGUGUAAUCUUCGGCAUCUUCAUAUCCUCGACCUUAGUUACAACAACCUUUCAGGUAUUAUUCCCAUGUGCUUGGGUGAUUUGAUUGCAUUGGUGAAUGGUUCAAAUGAAAUCACUUUUAGUCCUCUUGAGCAAGCCACACUGACACUAAAAGGAUUCAAAUAUGUGUACAACACGACUCUUGAUCUUGUAAAAAGCAUUGAUCUUUCAUUGAAUAAUUUACAAGGUGAAAUCCCUGAAGAAAUAAGCAGCCUCAUUCUAUUGGGAACCUUGAACUUGUCCAGGAAUAAAUUGACUGGAAACAUCCCCUCAAAGAUUGGAAACUUGCAUUGGCUCGAAACUCUUGAUCUCUCCCACAACCACCUCUCGGGACAGAUUCCUCAAAGCUUUUCAUCUUUAACAUCUUUGUCCCACUUGAACUUGUCAUGUAACAACUUGUCUGGAAGAAUUAUUUCGGGAAACCAGCUUCAAACGCUCGAUGAUUCGUCCAUUUAUACGGAAAAUCCAUUACUGUGUGGCGCUCCUCUCUCAACUAAGUGCUCUGGAGAUGACACUUUCCCACCUAAGGAUGCCGAAGACAAGGAUGAAGAUGGGAAUGACAAGUUGUGGUUCUAUGCCACUAUGGUACUUGGCUAUAUCGUGGGCUUUUGGGGUGUUUGCGGCACAUUGAUCUUAAAGACAUCAUGGAGGUAUGCAUAUUUUCAAUUCUUCGACAACAUCAAAGACAAGAUAGCACUAGCAAUUGCAUUGAAAGUGGCUCGUUUCCAAAGAAUGUUUUCUAAUGAUUGUACUGUAUAUAGGUGAUGUUUUUCCCUUUCUACUUUGUGUUUUUGGUAGUUGCAACUUAUGUAUUCAAGAAACGAAAUUCUGUCGUUCAAUAAAUAUUCCCACAAACAAUUAUGUAUUAGGCUGUAAUUAAUAAAAAG